AUGACCUCAUAUUCUUCGUUAUGUGCUAUAUGCCGUGAAGGGUUUGCUCCUAAUGAGAGUGUUGUGAACGCAAACGGAGUUCACUGGCACCAGGCUUGCUUUGUGUGUGUUCAGUGCUUACAGCCAUUUCCAGAUGGUCUCUUCUUUGAGCACGAGGGUAGGAAAUACUGUCAAGAAGAUUACGAGCUCCUCUUCGCUCCCAUCUGCUCUGGCUGUGGACAGUACAUUAUAGGUAGAAUUUUCACGCACAAGAAUUCCAAGUGGCAUCCUAAAUGUUUCACAUGUUACAUUUGUGGGGACGAACUCAACGGUGGCUUCGUCAAAUACCAGGGUAACCCCACGUGUAAGCCGUGUGCGGCUCGAGCACGUGCUGCAGCAGACAGCAAGUAUUUAUGCGCGCGGUGUAACCACAUCAUAGAUACAGACCAUCUCACUUUCAAGGGUGAACCGUACCACCCUCACCAUUUCGAUUGUUUCGACUGUCACCGGCCUCUGACUCACCGGGCUAAAGAACUCCAUUCUCAUCUCUUCUGCUUACCCUGUUACGACACUAAGGAGAUCAGUGUAUGUGCAGCCUGUAAGAAGCCUAUUGAAGGGCGUGCUGUUUCUGCUAUUGAAAAGAAGUGGCACCCUGAGCAUUUUGUCUGCGCUCACUGUGAAAAACCGUUCGCUGGAGAGAGGUUCUACGAAAACAAGGGGAUGGCGUAUUGUGAGCCUCACUACAAAAAACUGUUCGGUGAUCCAUGCUUUUACUGUUGUCAGAGUACACAUAACGCUGCUGAGGUAUCUCAGUUUGGAAAGACGUGGUGUGAAGAACAUUUCCUGUGCCACGGAUGUGAUGGAAUCCUUAAAACUAGUAGUGUCAAAUUCUUGGAAGUAGACUUGCAGCCGUUCUGUAAGAAAUGUUAUGGUAAACUACCGGAGGAGUACAAGAAACGGUUGAAGAAGUUGUACGAGCUAGUGGAGAAGAGGAAGGAGAAGGGCUCUAAGAAGUAA